GUGACGAGAGCCAGCUGACCAUCAGGAUCCCCAAUCCCAAGGUCUUUAUGGCUCGUCAGUCGCAAUGGAAAGGCAGGAGGGGAAAGCCGCGGUGUGAUCAUUGCAGAGUAAAUAAUCUCAAGUGCGACAGGGUGCUUCCAACCUGCAAUCACUGUGCUUGGGCCAAUGGCCGAGAAUGCAAAUACACCCCUCUGCCCACACCAGCACACAGAGGGAUUCCGAGGUGCGACCGCUGCCGUCUGAAAAACCUCAAGUGCGACCGAAAUUUGCCAGUAUGCAACCAUUGCGCGGAGGACAAGGAAAAAGAAUGCAACUACACGCCGAAGAAGCGACACAAGGUGCCGUCUGACCAUGCUACUUCGCGAGACCGGCCCGUUGCACCAUACGCCGCCAAGACAGCGUCCUUUCUCGUAUCUGACAUGCUGCCCGGCCAAGGCGGCUCCUCAAGCGAUUCUGCGUCAAACGCAGGUCCGUCGGGCAGUCAUGUAUUUGAGAGCGAGCUCCGUACUGAACCUCAAAUCCGCCAAUACAUCCCACCUCACUCGCCGCUUCUCGACGGAGAAGAUACUGACCUGGCUGAGAUAAGUUACCAACAAAGCAACACCGACGGGACCUUCACCUGGGGUAUGAUCGUAACGACGCCACAUAUCGACCCUUGGAUGCACCCCGCCUUUUCCCCGCUCCCCGACGUCAUCCUCCGCGCCCUCAAUACGGUCAAUGCAAUAGAGAUGCCGACGCGACAUCAGUUCGAUGAGGUCCUUGGUCGCUUUAUUGCAAGCCUUCCUCAGGAAAUUCGCGAGACAGCCACUUUUCUGCCGGAUGUGUACGCCGACAUUGCGCGGCAUGUGUCAGAGGGCAUCGUUGGGGAGCUGCCAAACCGCCUUCGGAUAUGGGCGAGCUGUCACCACGCGCGGGCCGGCUCACGCAAGCACCACCUUGUCCUCCUCCCCCGUGACGCAUUCUUCAACAUGAACCCAGCAGACGAGGAGAAGCUCCGCGCAAAUUAUAUCGUGCGCACCGACGGGGAAGGCUCAGCGUCAGCGACGCUCGCCAAGAGCGAGGAGAGCAAUACGAGUUCACUCGAAUCCGCCGCGGUGUUCGAGCGUGUGCCCGUGCACAACCAAAUUUACGACAUCCUUGUAUACACGCACCGCAACCACGGCACUCCCUCGACUAUGCUCUUUGAGGCCAGGAGAAUGGGAAUUGCAACCAUCACAUGGCCCAUGGUCGAGAUGUUUACGCGACUAUGCCCUCUUUGCAAGAUGCGUGCAAAAACUACAAGUCAGACGCUGAAGCCAGGUAGUGUUGGCGCCGUUGAGGACGACCUUCCAGGUCCUUCGUCCAGGCCCACCAAGCGAUGACACCUCACUAUGUUUCAGGCCUAUUUACCGGUAUCCAUACCAUGCUUAUUUUGUAUAGGGAGUGUACGUUGACUGGGGUCCUGUUCAUUUUUCAUUAUAUAUAGUACUUACGCAUGAGCUGUUUGGUUCUCC